GUCGGUCUCACAAGAUACUGAACGUGUUCUCAACGUACUGAACGCAUUUUAUCUAGUCACAGAACGAGUUAAGAUUUGGAUUUUGAGAGCAGGGAUGUCCUAAUGCAAAUGAAGAUGGACUCGAUACGGGUUCAUAUGUCCAUAACCACUUGGUUAUGGAUCACCAGCCUUCAUAUGUGCUCAGGUUCACCAAACCUGAGUUACUGGGGGAGGAAGGUGAGUUUAAUGGGACAGCCGUGCUACUGGCAGCUGAGUGACCGUUGUGUGGUGCCCGAACUCAAGGAACUGAGCGUUUGCAUAACCUUCCAGCGGGACCUCGGCACGUCCGACUGGACUGCAUUUGACUACAAGCAGCGUGGCAAGCUAAGUGUGGAGCUGGGUCUAACGGGCAGCAGAAAGCAGCUAAAGGUCUGGCUCUUUGGAAAGGAGAACACGGUGGACCUGGUGGAGGACCUUGCACUUCACCAGUGGCACACCAUCUGCCUGACCUGGUCAGCCACAGCCAAGAAGCUGCAGGUGUAUCUCAAUGACAGCAGCCUGAAAGAAAUCCACAUCAACGGAUCUCAACUGGCUGGCUGCGGCAUGCUGACUCUGGGGGUGUCGCACAACGUGCUGGGGGGCGUCAUGAACUACGAGACAGGGAAGGAGCUGAUGGGGAGCGCCACGCUCUUCCGUAUGUGGAGCCGAGUGCUGGCUGGCGCGGAGCUGGCUGCCCUGCGGUGUGUGGAGGGCGACGUGGUGAGAUGGAGCCAGCGGGACUGGAGCAAGUCUGCCAGCUACUGCAAGGCUGAGCCGGACUCCAACCUCAUAUGCGAAUGGCAGAAGUAUGAGAUUGCAAUGAUUGUUUCCAUCGAAUCAAAGCUGCAAGAAAAAGAAAAGCUGAAGAUCAUUUUGCAGAAUUGGUUUAAGGAUACAUUCCACUCUAACAUCUCAGUUCAUGGCAUAUUCAUCUCAUCUUCACGGCAACAACUGGACUUGGAACUUGGAGAACAACUGGAGGUGCAGGGAAGCAGAGUAUCAUCCAAUGGAACCACUGCACAAAGGUAUGACUGCUUGGUCCAUGUGGAGGUCACACCUAAGAAAGAUGUGUGGGCAGUCCAAGAGGAGAUCCAGAGGUGUCUCUCACCUCCAUAUCACCAUGCCGAUGGGGUUGUGAAGGCCAGUCCUGGGUCCUUAACUGUUAUUUCUGUUGAGGAAUUGUCCAAUAAUACUGAGAGUCCUCUACACACCACUGGUCCCCCAGCUCUGUCUACUGCCUCUACCACAGUUCAGCUGCCAUCAUGCACCUCUGUGCCCUCCUCAGUUGCAAAGGAAAUUCCUGAUCUAUGUAACCCUGACUACACAGAUGGGUUUUUCCAGGACACAUUUUACAGAGUGAUAUUGAACGCAAGCAUCAACAUCACACCCACCAACCCAGAGAACUCCAUUCAAAACUGGCUAAAUGUUACAUUGAAUCCAAAUCACAUGACGGUAUUAAACUUUGUGAUGACGCCAGAGUUGCCUAUAUCGGAGAAAUUCUUAAUCCUUCACAGAUACACCUGCACAUUCCAUGUGCAGGCACAAUCUCUUAAUGUGACAGAGACUAAGAAGCUCAUCGUUAGCCUUCUCACAAAACCAUACACCACUGGAUCCGAGUUUAUUGAAGUCCUACCUGGCCACAUCAACGUCUCACACAUAGCCCCAGGCUCCUGCCCUGACCAUGACCAGCACACCCUGCAGGGCCUGUUUCCCUGGCCCAAGACGGAACCUCAGGACACGGCCAUCGUCCUCUGUGAGAAGAACCAACUAGAAAAAGCUACCAGGUUCUGUAAACUGGAUGGCAUGACUGAUAUAGCCAUGUGGGAACCUCCAGAUCUGAGCUCAUGCGAAAGGAUUGUGGACGGCAUCGCUGACUUGGAUAAGGUCAAUGUCACAGCAAAUAAUUCCGGUGAGGUAGUGGACUUGAUCGGUAGUCUGGUCAGUAACCAAACAAACCUCAGUCAUUCUGAGCUGGACACUGUGCUGAACAAACUGGAGGAUGUGGUAGCCAUCAGCCCAAUCUCACCAAAUAUGGGAGAGAAUAUCAUGGAAAUCCUCUCAGACAUACUUCAUUGCAAAGCCGAUCUGGUUUCUUUUACCAACAAAAUCCUUGGAGUCAUAGAAAGUGUUGGAGAUCAGAUGGACUUUAACGGGGAGACUCACAACAUGACCGUCCCAUCGAUGGCCUUGCAGCUUGUCAACGUUAACUCUAGCCAGUUCCGGGGCCUGACAUUUGGCGUAUCUUCGUUCACGAGUGACAAUUCCCCACAGAUUUUUGUGAAUGAGACGUUUGUGGAGAAGCCUUUCACAGGGGCCGUGGCGUCCAUCUCCUUGCCCUCUGUCCUGGAAAACUUCUUCCCUCAGAACAACACCGUCAGGCCCCGCAUCCAGUUUCAGUUCUUUGACUCUGGUGGCCUAUUCAAGAAUCCUCAUGAUAAUAUGACACUAAACACAUAUGUGGUGUCAGCCAGUGUCACCAACAUUAAUGUCAGUAACCUUCACCAACCUAUCAUCAUCACUCUUCGUCAUCUUAACAGGGUACAGGCUCAAGACCAGCGGAUGUGUGUCUACUGGGACGUCAGCAAGAGUGGUGGUGGAGGCUGGGAGAGCCAGGGGUGUGUGAUGUGGAACACCGAUGACUUCCAGACCACCUGUCAAUGUAACCAUCUCACCCACUUUGGAGUGUUGCUGGAUGUAUCCAAGGCUCCGAUCAGUGAGUUAGAUGAGCAGAUCCUGGUCAUCCUCUCAUUUGUAGGCUGUGGCCUGUCCUCCGUCUUCCUGGGUGUGACCCUGCUGACCUACUUGGCCUUUGAGAAACUGCGUCAGGAUUACCCAUCCAAGAUCCUGAUCAACCUGUGCGUAGCUCUGCUGGGCCUGAACCUGGUCUUCCUGGUGAACUCCUGGCUGGCCUCGUUUGAUAGCAGAGGUCUCUGUGUGGGAGUGGCAGCCAUCCAGCACUUCUUUGUCUUGGCGUCCUUCACGUGGAUGGGGUUAGAAGCCCUCCACAUGUACUUUGCCCUGGUGAAAGUCUUCAACGUCUAUGUGCCCUCAUACAUCCUCAAGCUCUGUGCUUUUGGAUGGGGAUUACCUGCUACGAUUAUUAUUCUGAUUCUGGCUAUAGACAAGGAUAUAUAUGGCAGUGAAUGGGAUGAAGAUUCCCAAAACCCCCUCCAAGACACGUCACCAUUCUGCUGGGUGCAGAAUGACAACGCGUUCUAUGUCUCUGUCAUGGGCUUCAUCAUCCUGGUCCUGCUGUGCAACAUGUCCGUGUUCGGAGUGGUUCUGAUCCAGAUCCGUAGGAUGCAGGCCAACAAGAUCAGCAGCAGCAGCACCAGCGGGCUGGCGCAUGACCUGCGCGUCGUCGCUAGCCUCACCUUCCUCCUGGGCCUCACCUGGAUCCUGCCCUUCUUCAGCUGGGGGAUGGCCGCCAUUGUCUUCACAUACCUAUUCGCCAUCCUUAACACCCUCCAGGGCUUCUUCAUAUUCAUCUUCCACUGUCUGAUGAAGGAGAAUGUUCAGAAACAGUGGAGGAUCCACUUAUGCUGCGGGCCCCUCAGACCAGAAGACUACUCUGACUGGAGCCGCUCCGUGACAGGUGAGGGCCGUGGGAGGCAGGUGCGUUGUCCAUCGGUCAAAUCAGAGGACACCAGCUCCAUGAGGAAGAUCUCGGACACCUCCAUUUCAAGUGUCAAUCAAAUUAUUGCCUGACCUGACAAACCCCUCCUCCCAGCCAUGUGUUUUGGUAGAUGUACUUGAAAUGGUGUUUUUAAGUGACUUGUCUAGUUGAUGUGAAAAUGUCUGAAUCAAAGAGCAUCUUCAAGUAAAGUAAUGUCACUGUUGAUGUCUGUGAACUUAACUUUGAGCAUUGUGUUGAGCAGUUUCUCAUUAGCUACUAUAGGCAUCAAUGCCUAUCAGUGUAUGUCAGAGUAUAGCCAUAAUAUCAGUUUAUAUUAGAACUGUAAAUAAAACCGCCGUGCAGAGUAUAAUGGUGCCUGUGGAUCAAAGCAGUGCUGAAUGAGGAAGUUAGUGAUCAGGUCCACAGAUGCCCUUUUGGGUUCCCCAGUCUGAGAAUGACCUUCCCCCCCCCCAGCUCAGUGGCAUAUCAGGCUCCCUAAUGUCCCAUCGCAGCAUGUCAUGUCCCAUCAGGUCAUGCCUCAGCAGAUGUGUGGUGGGCAGACAGUUUCAGAAGAUGGACCAGCAACCCAGACUGGUACUCAUUUUAGUCCAACCUACUCCAGCUUUAUACUGGUACACAUUACAUGUACUGAGGUGCAAUAUUGUUGCUGUCAAUAUAUGUCCAUACAUGUAUAUGUCAUUACUGUAUGUGUCAUUCAAUCUGUAUGAAAAAGGU